CCUCCCACAGGUCUUCUGUUUGUCUACAUGACACACUGUACGGACAGAGGCUGAGAGGCUUGUAAAGCCAGGCGGAGACGCUGAACGAUCCUGGAGUGAAUAAAGAAGAGGUUUCUGUGAAGUGUCAGUUUCAGCGUUUCCCUCGGGGACACAGCCUGAGAGCUGGACCGAGGCUGGACAUGGAGCUCUCCGCCGACUCCGCAUGGAUGAUGUUGCCUACGUCCGACUCGGACGCUUCUCACGCUGGCUUGGGGCAGGGCACCGCGUACAUGGAGCCAUCAUUACUGUCGCUGGAGGAAGUGGAUGGAUUCCUCAGUCACAUUGAUCCUCCAGGACAUCCCUAUUUCCACACACACACACCUCACCCUCAAGCACGAACAUCCUACAGCCAGGUUCCAGCUCGUUUGCACGGUGGCUCUGUGUGCCACCCUCAGUUUCUGCACGCGCAAGCUUACCCUUGGCUGGAGGGCAGUAAAUCGAGUCCUUCCGUGCUCCAGCAACCCAUCACCUGGUCACAGAGUCCUUUGGGAAAGCCUGGUGGAGGAACCUCGGUCGGGAUCUCGUCGGUUUAUCCAGGCGCGUGCGCUCAUGGCUCGGCCCCGCUGGCCACGCGCUGCAGCACUCAGUUCUACUACCUGCCCCCUACACCGCCCACUGCCGCGGCUCCCGAGCCGGACGCCACCAAGUACCCGGCACUUCUUCUGGAUGGGACGAAAAUGCAGAGCACAGGCCCGCUCCGGAACUGUACAGCGCAUGAGGCGGCUCCUGUGCGUGCGUUUCCAGCGUACGCGUUAACAGGAGCGCGCGAGCACGCGGCGGGAGACUUAACGGCCAAAUCAAAGAGCAAAGGACGCACCGGAUCGGAAGGACGUGAGUGUGUGAACUGUGGGGCUACCUCCACUCCCUUGUGGCGGCGAGAUGGCACAGGCCAUUAUUUGUGUAACGCAUGUGGACUUUACCACAAGAUGAAUGGCCAGAACCGACCUCUCAUCAGACCCAAACGUCGACUGUCAGCAGCCAGGAGAGCAGGUACUUGCUGUGCAAACUGCCACACGGGCACCACCACAUUGUGGAGACGUAACACCAAUGGAGAGCCUGUUUGCAAUGCCUGUGGCCUCUACUACAAACUGCACAAUAUGAACCGCCCGCUCACUAUGAAGAAGGAAGGAAUUCAGACUCGCAACAGAAAAAUGUCCACCAAAUCUAAACGAAGGAGAGGCGAGAGCUCUCAUCAAUUUCACUUCAGCAGAUUCAUGCAGGACAAACCACAUGGCUUUAACCAAAUCACCAAUAUUUCUCAUCACGUUAACAUGACUCCACCUGUCAAGUUUCAUCCAGCCUUCAGCCACAUGCACCAUGCUAAUUUGGUGACUGCCAUGAGCUGAGCACCAUGACGAGGUCUUUUUGUGCAUUAGUGAAAUCGCAGAGACAUUUAUUUAAGUGCUUAAUGAAUAUACAGUUUUAGAAUAAUGUUUUUGUACAUUCACACAUUGAAGCUAGCUAACUAAAUGAGGUUGUUGUUUUUUUAAAAAAAAUGAUCAUUAGUUGACUGUGUAAUAAAGUGCACUUUAUACCAAAACCCAGUGAUAUAUUCUAUGGAGGAUUGUAAGAUCCAAAGGUUUUUCUAUGCAAACACUGCAUUUGGUGGAGGAUUCUUUUAGAAAUCUUUUGAAUCGCCCAGUCAUAACAUCUGAGUGUUGUACAAGAGAUACAGAAGAAAACCUGGGGUUUUCAGAGCAUGUAAGUGGUGAAUGCUGAGACAGUGGGAUUUUACAGUCCACUUUAUGAAAGGACUUUGUGUGUCUGUGUGUGUCUGAUAAAACUGUGAAUGUUGAACAGUGUAAAAAAAGUGUUGUGUUAUUUGGUUUCUGAUACUGCCCCACUUCCACCUCCACCCUUCCUCCAUUAAUGAGUUACAAUCAUGUGACAGCAAAACCCUUUACUAAAUUUUCUAGCAAUAACACAUUUAUCAGUGUUCCAGCAAUUCGAUCUCCUUGUUCCCCCAAUACCUUCAGUGAAGUUGAAGUGUUCUUUUAUUAUAUGCAUUUCAGUAAAUAAAGUGCUAUUUAUCUGAUUAGAGAAAUGUCUAUUACAGGGAUUCCGAUUCUGAAUCUUGGUGAUUUACAGACCUUAUGCUAAUAGCCAUAUGGUCUAAUUAAAAUGAUAUUAACUAUCUGAUGAGCCCCCUUGGGUGUGUUUGAGCUCCAGGAGAACAUCUCCUCCAAUAUGUACUGUAUUCCAUACUUAAAUGUCUAUGUAACUAUGUUGAUCACAGGCAUCCAAAGUGACACGUGUGGCUGUGAGCUGCACACACGCCUCUGAGACACAGAUUUUAUCAGCGUGAUGAGCAGAUUAGAAGAAUGAAUGGAGCACUGGACUCCAGAGGGAUGGAGACAUGAGAUAACGCUGAAAGACUAGGGUGAAUUCUUUACUCUUGACUGCAGGAGAGCUGAUAGGGAGCAUUUGGAUUUUAUAGAAGGGGCAGCCUCUCUUUGUAUCUCUCAAACUGCACACAAGCAACAAUACCAUAUCUGUUACAUUCAUCAAAUCUUAGUAAGAUUUGCUAUUACAAGAACAUGUAAGAUCUUGAGAACAGGCAAAUAAUUACUCUUGACAAAACAACAUGCAUAGAAGAUUAAUAAUUCUUAUUAUUAUUUUGCAAUAAUGCUUGUAAUUGUCAAAACCAAUAUUACUAGCUAAUAGCUGAAUAAAAGUUUUUAAAUUGAUUAGCAUCACUCUGUAACGUUAACCUGAUAGUUAAAACAAUACAAUCUAGACAUUAGCAAAAUACUCCAAGCCACCAAGUAAUAAUAUGGUAGGGUAUUUGUCCACUGCAUUACAGAACAAUGUCAAAUUGCAUGCUCUUGUACGCUUGUAAGAUAACAU